UACAGCUUCUGUCCUCUCAGUGCAGCGGGAACUACCGCAAAACAAGGGCUAUAUUCAUACAACCACAUUAAUUACAGGCAAUGGUGCUCUUCGAGGAGGGGACUCUGAAAUUGUGCAUUUUUUCAUUGCUCUUAUGGACUUCUACAAGUGCAUUUAACCUGGACGCGCAAAACGUCCUUAGGAAGAAUGGUCAACCGGGCAGCCUCUUUGGAUUCUCUCUCGCCUUGCACCGGCAGCUCCAGCCUUAUGAGAAAAGAAUAUUGUUGAUCGGUGCUCCCAAAGCCAAGGCUUUAUCCAAUCAGGGAGCAAACAUCACAGGUGGGCUGUACAGCUGUGACAUCACCACCCAUCCUGAUGACUGCACUCGAGUGGACUUUGACAAUGAUGUUGAUGCUCGUGUGGAGAAUAAGGAGAACCAGUGGAUGGGUGUAACUGUUCAGAGUCAAGGACCUGGAGGCAAGAUUGUGACAUGUGCCCAUCGCUACCAGCGCCUGUUGUUCCCCAACACUCCCCAAGAGGCGCGUGACAUCACUGGACGCUGCUACAUGCUCAGCCAGGACCUGAGCAUCGACAGCCAGUCAGAUGAGGAUGGAGGGAACUGGAAAUUCUGUGAUGGUCGCACCAGGGGUCAUGAGAGAUUCGGGGCCUGUCAGCAAGGCUUGGCUGCCACUUUCACUAAAGACUACCAUUAUGUCAUCUUUGGAGCACCAGGGGCAUACAACUGGAAAGGUAUAGUGCGUGUGGAGCAGAAGAACAACACUCUUCUGGAAAUGGGCUUGUUUGAUGACGGCCCUUAUGAGGUCGGGGAUGAAAAUCGCCUGGAUCCAAAUCUAGUGCCAGUCCCAGCCAACAGUUACUUAGGAUUCUCUCUAGAUUCCGGCCACAGCAUCACAGAGAAAGGCAGACUCAUCAUAGUGUCAGGAGCGCCGAGAGCCAAUCACAGUGGUGCAGUGGUAUUUCUGCGGACGGAGGGCGAGGUGUCCACCACGCUCACACCUGAACACAUUCUGGAAGGACCAGGACUCGCAUCCUCCUUUGGAUAUGAUGUCGCUGUGGUGGACCUGAAUGGAGAUGGCUGGCAGGACGUUGUGGUUGGUGCACCGCAGUUCUUCCAGAGAGAUGAGGAAGUGGGUGGAGCUGUGUAUGUUUAUAUCAAUAAGGCUGGAAGGUGGAAGGACGUCACUCCAACUCGCCUGAAUGGAACGAAAGACUCCAUGUUUGGACUGGCUGUGAAGAACAUUGGAGACAUCAAUCUGGAUUCUUUUGAAGAUAUUGCAGUAGGUGCUCCAUAUGCAGACUCAGGGUUUGGUAGCGUGUACAUCUACCACGGAUCUGCUGACGGCAUCAAUACCACACCAGCUCAGAUUCUGGAGGGUAAACAGCACAAUAUUAAGAUGUUUGGCUAUUCUCUGGCUGGAAACAUGGACCUGGAUCAGAACUCGUACCCUGAUCUCGCCGUGGGCUCGCUCUCUGACACGGUUUUCAUAUACAGGUCCAAAACUGUUAUUAGCAUCAAGAAAGACAUCAAGGUGACACCAAAGGAGAUUGACUUGGUGAAGAAAACAUGUGGCAACAGCGUAUGCUUGACUGUGGAAGCAUGUUUCUCAUAUAAAGCAAAGCCCUCCACCUACAACCCUAAACUCACUAUCUCCUGUACACUUGAGGCAGAGUGGUACCGCAGGAAGCUGGGUCUUCCAUCUAGGGUUGUGUUUCUGGAGAAGAGCGUGAUGGAUCAGGAUUUCCAGUCGACCGGCACCCUGGAGCUACGAGGACAGAACAAGAAAGCCUGUUACAAGACCAAACUCAGAUUACAAGAAGGCAUCAGGGAUAAGCUCAGAGCGAUUCCUAUUGAGGUGUCUGUGGCCAUUCAGAGUGCUAAGAGAGGCAAACGGCAGAGUUCUCUGCCCCAACUAACGCCAAUACUGGACUCCACUGUGCCCAACAAGACCAUCACUGAGGUGAACUUUCUAAAGGAGGGAUGUGGCACAGACAACAUCUGUCAGAGUAACCUACACCUGCAGUACAGGUUCUGCUACAGGGAGUCCAAACAAGAUGUGUUUCCUCCUCUACCGCUGGAGAAGGGUGUGCCGGUGAUUUCUCUGAGUGAUCAGAAGGACAUCGCCCUGGAGGUCACAGUCAGGAACAGGAAUGGAGAUGAUGCUCAUGAAGCCAAAUUGGUUGGGCAUUUUGAUGAAUCCCUCUCAUAUUCAGGAUUCAGAUCUAUUGAUAAACAUGUGAUCUGUGCUGCCAAUCAGAAUGGCUCCCUGGCAGACUGCGAGCUGGGUAACCCUUUUAAACGGGAUUCAGAGGUAACAUUCUAUAUCAUAUUGAGCACAGGCAAGAUAUCACUCGACACCAAAGAAGUUGAGAUCGACCUUCAGCUGGAAACAACAAGUUUACAGGAAGGCCUGGGCAAAAUGAAGGCCAAAGCCAAAGUGGUGAUUGAACUACUUCUUUCUGUACAAGGGGUUGCCAAGCCGUCUCAGGUCUAUUUUGGAGGUGAAGUCAAAGGCAUGAGCGCUAUGAAGACAGAGGAAGAAGUCGGCAGCUUGGUCGAAUAUGAAUUCAGAGUGAUUAAUUUGGGAAAGCCUCUGAAGUCUUUUGGAACUGCAUCCCUGAACAUCCAGUGGCCUAAAGAAAGCUCUGUGGGGAAAUGGCUGCUGUAUCUGAUGAAGAUCAACACCAAGGACCUGCAGUUAGUCACCUGUUCACCUGAGAGAGAGAUAAACCCUCUCAGACUGAGUGAGCAGUCAACAUCAACCAGGAGAAAGCGUGAGCUAGAGGAGCGGAAACCAUCUGAAGGCAGUAAAACAUCCCUCUUCCCUGACAAACGCAAGCACAAGAUUCUGUCUUGCAGUGGAGAUGCCAGAUGUGUGGAGAUCAAGUGCCCCCUACAGGGCUUGGACAGCACUGCGGUCAUCAUUCUGAAAUCCCGGCUGUGGAAUUCCACUUUCCUUGAAGAUUAUGUGUCCUACAAUUACCUUGAUAUAAUAGUGAAAGCCUCCAUAAGUCUGGAUGUUUCUGCCAAGAAUAUUGUCCUUAAAAAUCCUCAGACCCAGGUAAGGCUGACCGUGUUCCCGGAGACGACCGUGACUCCGUUCGGAGGCGUUCCCUGGUGGAUCAUUCUGGUGGCUGUUUUAGCUGGAAUACUAAUGCUGGCUCUUCUAGUUCUGUUACUCUGGAAGUGUGGAUUUUUCAAACGCUCCAAAUAUGAGGACAGCGUUCCGAAAUACCACGCGGUGAGGAUUCGUAAGGAGACGCGUCUCUUGAAAGAUGGAAAGGAAAUGUUAGAUCCUUUGGAGAAGAAGCAAUGGAUGACCACAUGGAAUGAGAACGAGAGCUACUCAUGAGACUGUCUCUGCAUUUUCUGUGGACAAUUUGCAGCCAUCAGGCAUCUCUAGCUGUGAAGGUUUCAGAGGAAGUCCACCUCUGCACAGUCUGUGAGCCCACUGUUAUAGAGAGACAUGGAGAUGCCUUUACAUUUCCAUAUGUUUCUGGUAACUAAAGGGUAAAGACUGACUCUCGGAUAUCUCUGGGCUUUUUGUUUGCAAUGCCACCCCUUAAAAAGUGUUUGUAUAUUUUUGGAAGAUGCAUGAGAUGCCAAGACUGAAUUGUCUUGAUUUUCUUUGUAAAUAUUUUACAAUGCAGUUUAUUUAUUUUGUCUUGUAAUUUUGUACUAAGAUGCCUACUGUGCAUGAACUGCCCAAAGAUUAUUUUUCAUGUCUUUCAGUAACUGUAAAUUAGAUUGAAUGUUUUGAGGCCUGUCGAGUGAAGCUCAAGCGAGUGUCAGAAGAGAAAAAAAUAAACGAGUCAAUGAGUUA